UUUGUGUGGUUUUUUUUGUGUUUUUUUUCUUUUUGUGGUUUUUUUUGUGUUUUUUUUGUUUGUUUUUUGUUUGUUUUUUUUGGAGGGAGUUUUUUGUGUGGUUUUCUUGUGUUUUUUUUUUUCUUUUUUGUUUUUUUUGUGUGUUUUUUUGUGGUUUUUUCUUUAUUUUUUUUUGUUUUUUGGGGGGGUUUGUGUGGUUUUUUUGUGGUUUUUUUUCUUUUUUGUUUUUUUUGUGUGGUUUUUUUGUGGUUUUUUGUUUGGUUUUUUUUGGGUGUGGAGUUUUUCGUAUACUUUUUUAUAUCUUUUUUCUCUUUUUUUUUCUUUUUUUUUUUUUUUUUAGUGGGGCAUUGUCCAUCAUUUUUUAUUUCUUUCUUUCUUUUUUUUUUUCCUUCUCGCAAAUUCAUUUACAUUAAAAAAAAAUAAACAUAGCUGCUGUCACCAGAUACCUGCAGGUUCCUUUAAUCAGGUCCCAAAAGUUGCAACAAUGGCACAAAGGAGCUCAGGUGCUUUCUCGUGACUCUUAUUUUAAUUUAAUUUUUUUUUUUUUAAGGGGCAAAAAAACCAAAUUAUUUUUGCUGCUUUUGCUUCUGGGAGCUGUUAGAAGAUCUCCACUUGAAAAUUUAUUUUUUUUUUUAUUGAUUGAUUGAUUUUUUUUUUUUUUUUUUUUUUUUUUUUUCAGGAUUUUUCAACAAGAAAAUGGGAGUUUGCCGCAGCGUUUUGAGCGAUUGACAAGGUGAGAAGUUUUUAAAAGUUUUCAAAAGUUUUGCAAGUUUUCAUUUCUAAAAUGUUACCGGGUGAAUUAAUAACCCUUUAUUUUACUUUGAUUCUCUGCUGUUUUUAUUUUCAGUUUUAUUCAUCUUUAGUGGAUCGCAGAGUUCCAAGUGAUUCCUUCUCCCCCUUUUUUCUCCGCAGAACAUCUGAGUAGGACUUUGAAGCUGCCUGGCAGUGAGGAAUUGGCAGAACUGGAAUUCUCCAGGAUCUCUGGGCAGAUGGGGCUGCUGGGGGCCCGGGAUGUGGCGUGGAGGAGGAAGGGAUGUGUGCCCUGCACUCCGUGAGUAAAUGGCUGCUCUGAGCUCCUGCCCUGCCCUCAGAGCCUGGAGGGACUGGGAAAAAGGGAUCCACAAUCCACUGGUAGUGUUUUAGCAAACUGGUUCCUCAGGAUUUUAGCUUUUCUGUUUUUUUUUUUUUUUUAAUACGUUUGUAAUCCCGUAAUUCUUUAGGGUAUAACUCUAAAUUCCAUACACAGUGUGAGCUGCUGCUUUCCCAUUUUGACAAAACGAUUCCUCUCCAGGACUGGGAAUCAAGGACACCUCACUGCCUCAGGUCCUGAGGGAUUUAAACAAAAGUGAGAUGGGGGGGAGCAAACCUGGGGAUUUCAUUACCUGAAGCUGUAAUUGGGAGAUUAAAAUGUAACUGGGGGGAAUUUGGGGUGUCCUGUGCAGGGCCAGGAGUGAAAUCUGCUGGUCCUUUUGGCCCCCUUCAAAUCAGGAUAUCCCAUGACCCUACAAGAAGAUUUCAAAUGUGUGUCACAGCACUAAAAUCCUUUUCCUCGUGUUCUUUGCCUCCGUAGAGCAGUGACACCUCCUGUGAGACACAGAUAGAUGCAAAUGGGGGGAUUUGGGCUGUCCUGUGCAGGGCCUGGAGUCAAAUCUGAUGAUCCUUGAUGAUCCUUCCAAAUCAGGAUAUUCUGUGAUCAUAUGAAAAGGCAUUUCAAGUGCAUGUCCCAUCUCUAAAAUCCUUUUUCUUGUGGUUUUCCGCCCCGGCGCCUCCUGUGAGACACGGACAGAUGCAGAUGGGGGAAUUUGGAGUCAGAUUUGAUGAUCCUAAUUUGGAGUUAGAUUUGAUGACCCUGACCCUAACCCUUGCAAUCGGGGCUCUUUCCAAUGACCCUGCAAUGGGAUUUCAAGUGCACGUCCCAUCUCUAAAACCCUUUUCCCUGUGGUUUCCCCGCCGAGGUCGGAGCAGCGAUGCCUCCUGUGAGACAUGGAUAGAUGGAGAUGGGGAAAAUUUGGGGUGUGCUGUGCAGGAUUAAGAGUCAGAUUUGAUGAUCCUAAUUUGGAGUCAGAUUUGAUGACCCUGACCCUAACCCUUGCAAUCAGUCCCCCUUCCAAUGACCCUACAAUGAGAUUUCAAGUGCACGUCCCAUCUCUAAAACCCUUUUCCCUGUGGUUUCCCCGCCGAGGUCGGAGCAGCGACGCCUCCUGUGAGACAUGGAUAGAUGCAAACAUGUGGGGCGGCUACGACUCGCCCAGGACCACUCGAUCCUGAACCCCCAGAAGUGGCAGUGCGUGGACUGCCACACCACCGAGUCCCUCUGGGCCUGCCUCAAGUGCUCCCACGUGGCCUGCGGCCGCUACAUCGAGGAGCACGCCCUGAGGCACUUCCAGGAGAGCCGGCACCCCUUGGCCAUGGAAGUGCACGAGCUCUACGUCUUCUGUUACCUGUGCCAGGAUUACGUCCUGAACGACAACCCCGAGGGCGACCUGAAGCUGCUCAGGAGCUCGCUGUCGGCCAUCAAGGGGCAGGGGAGCGGGAGGACGCUGCGCUCCACGGCGCUGGCCGAGGAUGCCUGGAGGAGGAGGAGCCCUCAGGGUCAAUCCCAAACGCUCACGGCGCUGCGGCACCGGCGCCAGGCCCUGCUGGCGAGGGCUCUGCGCACCUGGUUCCACAAGAGCUCCCGGGGACAGCUGAAGCUGAAGGAGAAAAAACACAUGGAGGAGCUGGAGAAGAAGAAGGAGGCGGCUCGGCAGCGGCGGCGGGAGAUGAAGAGGCGGCUCCUGGAGGAGUUGGCCAACGCUCCCCCGAGGAAGAGCGCCAGGCUGCUGUCCCACGUGCACAGGGAGAGCUUGAUCCCGAGGAAAUUCAGGGAGGUGGCCGCGGCUUCCCCUACCUCAAGGCAGGUGCAGAGCAGCAGAUUGAAGCAGUUCUACUCCAUCCGGCGCCAGCCCCUGAUGACGCCCGGGGUGACGGGGCUGAGGAACCUGGGCAACACCUGCUACAUGAACUCCAUCCUGCAGGUGCUCAGCCACCUCCAGAAGUUCCGGGAAUGUUUCUUGACUCUCGAUCUCUGUGAAACAGAAGAACUUUUAGCUAAAACUGUGAACGGCAGGGCUAGGAUGCCCGGCAGACUGGCCAACGGGGCUGCUGCCAACGAGCCGGGGAAGCCUGACAAGGUGGGAUCGUCUCCAGCUUUGAACGGGGGCUCCUCCAUCAGCAGGAGUUUGGAGCUCAUCCAGCCCAGGGAGCCCAGCUCGAAGCACAUCUCCCUGUGCCACGAGCUGCACACCCUGUUCAGGGUGAUGUGGUCUGGCAAGUGGGCCCUGGUGUCCCCGUUCGCCAUGCUGCACUCCGUGUGGAGCCUGAUCCCGGCGUUCCGCGGCUACGACCAGCAGGACGCUCAGGAAUUCCUCUGCGAGCUCCUGGACAAGGUGCAGCAGGAGCUGGAGUCCGAGGGCACCAAGCGCAGGAUCCUCAUCCCCUUCUCGCAGAGGAAGCUCACCAAGCAGGUCCUCAAGGUGGUCAACACCAUUUUCCACGGGCAGUUGCUCAGCCAGGUCACCUGCAGGACGUGCGGCUACAAGUCGGACACGGUGGAGCCCUUCUGGGACCUGUCGCUGGAGUUCCCGCAGCGCUACCACUGCCUGGGCCGGGCGCUGCCGCCCCCCGCGCACGCCCGCUGCCCGCUCACUGAGAUGCUGGCCAAGUUCACCGAGAGCGAAGCGCUGGAGGGGAGGAUCUACGCCUGCGACCGCUGCAACAGUAAAAGGCGAAAAUCUUCUCCCAAACCUCUUGUUCUGAGUGAAGCUAAAAAGCAGUUGCUGAUCUACAGACUACCUCAGGUCCUCCGGCUGCACCUUAAACGUUUCAGGUGGUCUGAGCGCAAUCACCGCGAGAAGAUCGGGGUCCAUGUCCUCUUUGAGCAGGUAUUAAACAUGGAACCUUACUGCUGCAGGGACUCUCUGCCCUCCCUUGCCACAGAGAGCUUUGUGUAUGACCUGUCGGCUGUGGUGAUGCAUCACGGCAAGGGGUUUGGCUCAGGACACUACACAGCUUAUUGCUACAACACCGAGGGAGGUUUUUGGGUGCACUGCAACGACUCCAAACUGAAUGUAUGUAGCGUGGAGGAGGUGUGCAAGACCCAGGCCUACAUCCUCUUCUACACUCAGAGAACGCUGCAGGACAAAGCAGGAAUCCCAGAAAAACAACUCCAAGCUCAGGUUUUUGCCACCCAAAAGCAGUGACAAGGACACGAGACUGACAUUCCAGUCAGGGGAAAACACUCCCAGCUGCUCCUGGGAACUUCUGGUGGUCAUCUUCCCCUUCUUUGUGGGGAAAACUGCAGGAAUGGGAUUGGAGCAGGAAUGGGAUUGGAGCAGGAAUGGGAUCACAAAAGGAGUGGGAUCACAGCAGGAAUGGGAUUAGGGCAGGAAUGGGAUCACAAAAGGAGUGGGGUCAGGGCAGGGAUGGGAUCACAGCAGGAAUGGGAUCAGAGCUGGGAUGGGAUCACGGCAGGAAUGGGAUCAGGGCAGGGAUGGGAUCACGGCAGGGAUG